CUAACAACGACAUUGGAAGCUCUCAUUUCGACCACCAGACAAGCACGAUUGGAACAGCACGAACGAGUACGUCCACCUUCGCGCCGCCAAAGAUGCCAGCAUACCACUCCGUCUUCCUGGACGAACCCAAUCAGCAGCUCAUAGGCAACUUCGCCCUUCUGCCACUUCGGACACGCACCCGUGGACCAGCCCAACAACUCCCUGGCCUCCCGGCUGGUACCAGCGAGCUCGACAUCGAAGCCUCACACGAGUCAUAUGACCCUUUAGACGAAGUGCUUGCGCUGUUCCGCGCAAACACUUUCUUCCGAAACUUCGAAAUCAAAGGCCCAGCAGAUCGUGUAUUGAUCUACGGAAUCCUCUACGUCUCGGAAGCGUUGUCGAAGAUCAAGCCGGGGCAGACGAAACGAGAAGCGGAAAAGAGCGUCAUGAACACUGCUUUGGAGACACAAUUUGCGAUUCCGGGUGAUGCGGGCUUUCCCUUGAAUCAGAUGUUUGAGCCACCGAGGGAUAGGAACGAGGCGGAGGUGUUGAGGCAGUAUGUGAUGCAGAUGAGACAGGAGUUGGCUGUCAGGUUACUGGCCCGCGUAUAUCCUGAUCCUACUGGUCCGCCGAGUAAGUGGUGGCUUAGCUUUCAGAAGAGAAAGUUCAUGGGCAAGCAGCUCUGAGGGUAACGCGAUGCACGACGCACUGUCAAGAUCCUUAUGCUAUGACACACAUGUUCUCAGCGUAGCCUAGGCCAUGAAAACGGCCGUCAUCGAACUAAGACUGAAGGCGUUCGGUCGAUGGCCCCGUCGGGGAUCACGAGUAUGAUGAUCAGAACCGAGUUUGAGAGCUGGUGGACGUCCGGUCACAGUCAGCUUAUUCAGAAGAUCAAAGAUCUUAUGACCGAUCAGCGCCACACAACCACGAAUAGAUGAAGCUGAAUAUGAUAGCAUGCUCCGAAAAUAUGAAGCCACUGAUGGUGGUAAGAAAGUGCAGCAUUGUUGUUGGUCGCUCACGAUUGUACAGACUCGAAACUUCCAUUUCGUGAGACUUGUUUCUGGCAAUACGGUGAGAACACUGACGUGGCAGACAUCAUGUACGUAUCUGGUACCGCGAAUCUCUUGAUCUCUGCACUUGCGCACCAACCUCACAAGUGUCCACAAGUGCCUCGUCGCUCUGCGACCAGGUUUCGAGCUGCGAGUGACGCAGAUACUUCGAGCAGGUAGCCUUCCACGGGAACAGUAGCAACAUGAGCACUAUCAUACCUA